CCUCUGUCGGGUUCUGGCUGCUGCAGCCGCUCCUGCUCCUGCUCCUCCCCAUCCACCCACAAACACAGCCCUGUGCCCCGGACCUGUACAGGCUCCUCCCGGAGCAGCGUGCGGUGCCCGGGGCGGGCAUUAGUGAAGCGGGGGCAAAGAAACAUAGCAGAGAGGAGUUUCCCCAAACUUCCAGGAAGUCCUGGCGCCUUGUCCCAGGUGGCAGCAGCAGCAGCAGCGGCAGCCAGAGAGCAGAGGGGACACAGGGGAAGGGGCAGCAGAGAGAGAGGCGAACUUCCCCCACCAGCCGGCUCGCUUGCUGCUCCAGCCUGCGCGCAGCGAGGGGCAGGGGGCAGCCGGCGCGCCAGGGGCAGGCAGGGAGCGGGGCCCGGAGCUCAGCGGGGGAGAGGGGCGCAGCGUCCCCGGGCGCUAGGGCAGCACCCGCCGGGAUGGCCGAGAAGAAGCGAGAAGGCAAAGGGAGGAAAGGCAAGAAGGGCGGCAAAGGGGCUGGCAGGAAAGCGGAUCCCCAGGAGGGGGGCGCUGCGGCCGAACCUGUAGCAGCUGGGCCUCCCAAAUUGAAGGAGCUGAAAAACCAGGAGUCCGCUGUGGGCCAGAAGCUAGUGCUCAGGUGUGAAGCCAGUUCCGAAUACCCCGCUCUCAGAUUCAAAUGGCUAAAGAAUGGAAAAGAAAUAACCAAAAAAAACAAACCAGGAAAUGUCAAGAUCUCCAAAAAACAAAAGAAGUACUCGGAACUUCACAUUUCUAAAGCAUCGCUGGCAGACGCUGGGGAAUACACAUGCAAAGUGAGCAACAAACUAGGGAAUGACAGCACCAAAGCCAGCAUUACCAUCACGGACACCAAUGAACACUCCAGCAAGACACCCGUAUCAACAGAAGGAGCAAAAACUUCCUCACAGCCCGUGUUUGGGAUACAGGCAUCAACAGAACGAACUAAUGCCUCCUCCUCCACUUCUACAUCGACUACUGGCACCAGUCAUCUCACAAAAUGUGACGUAAAGCAGAAAGCCUUCUGUGUCAAUGGGGGAGAGUGUUACAUGGUCAAAGACCUUCCAAACCCCCCCAGAUAUUUGUGCAGGUGCCAACCUGGAUUCACUGGAGCAAGAUGUACUGACACUCUGCCCAUGAAAAUCCAAAACCCAGAAAAAGCAGAGGAACUAUACCAGAAAAGGGUCUUGACCAUAACUGGCAUCUGCAUUGCCCUCCUUGUAGUUGGCAUCAUGUGUGUUGUGGCCUACUGCAAAACCAAGAAGCAACGGAAAAAGUUGCAUGAUCGUCUUAGGCAGAGCCUUCGCUCUGAGCAGAACAACAUGGUGAACAUGGCUAAUGGGCCCCACCAUCCCAAUCCACCGCCCGAAAACGUCCAGCUGGUAAAUCAGUAUGUAUCUAAAAAUGUAAUAUCCAGUGAACACGUCAUUGAGAGAGAGACAGAGACGUCGUUUUCCACAAGUCACUACACCUCGACAACGCAUCACUCCACCACUGUCACCCAGACGCCCAGUCAUAGUUGGAGUAACGGUCAGACGGAAAGCAUUAUCUCGGAAAGCCACUCCGUGCUUGUGAGUUCUUCUGUAGAGAACAGCAGGCACACGAGCCCAGCAGGAGCCAGAGGACGCCUCAGUGGCAUAGGAGGUCCACGAGAUUGCAACAGCUUCCUGAGGCAUGCAAGAGAGACCCCUGACUCCUACCGAGAUUCGCCUCACAGCGAAAGGUAUGUAUCAGCUAUGACCACACCGGCUCGCAUGUCACCUGUUGAUUUCCACACUCCAAGUUCUCCAAAGUCCCCCCCUUCAGAAAUGUCUCCACCGGUAUCCAGCUUAACUGUAUCUGUCCCUUCUGUGGCGGUCAGUCCCUUUAUGGAAGAGGAGAGGCCUCUGCUUCUGGUGACGCCACCUCGGUUACGGGAGAAGUAUGACCAUCACAUUCAGCAGUUCAACUCCUUCCACCACAACCCCGCCCAUGAGAGCAACAGUCCACCACCUAGUCCUCUGAGGAUAGUAGAGGAUGAGGAAUAUGAGACCACACAGGAGUAUGAGCCAGCACAGGAGCCUCCAAAGAAACUAGUCAACAGCCGGAGGGCAAAAAGAACAAAGCCCAACGGCCACAUUUCCAACAGAUUAGAAGUGGACACCGACACAAGCUCUGAGAGCAGUAGCUCGGAGAGUGAAACAGAAGACGAAAGAAUAGGUGAGGAUACACCUUUCCUGAGCAUACAGAACCCCAUGGCAACCAGCCUAGAGGCAGCCACUGCAUACCGACUGGCUGACAGCAGGACUAACCCAACUAGCCGGUUCUCCACACAGGAAGAAUUACAAGCAAGGUUGUCCAGUGUAAUAGCUAAUCAAGACCCUAUUGCUGUAUAAAACAUAAACAAAAUGCAUAGAUUCACAUGUAAAACUUUAUUUUAUAUAAUGAAGUAUUCCACCUUUAAAUUAAACAAUUUAUUUUAUUUUAGCAAAUUCCACUAAUAGAAAACAGGAGGGGGAAAAAAACUUUUAUAAAUUAAAUAUAUGUAUGUACAAAUGUGUUAUGUGCCAUAUGUAGCAAUUUUUUACAGUAUUUCAAAAAUGAGAAAGAUAUCAAUGGUGCCUUUAUGUUAUAUUAUGUUGAGAGCAAGUUUUGUACUGUUACAGUAAUUGCUGUUCCAUGGUAUUUUGCAGAAUCUUCCGACCUUCAGUUCUCCUGGCUUUUUUGUGCAUUGCGUUAUGGUAACUGGAGGUCUGGUUUGCAAGAAUUGCAAAAGUCCCUAUGUUUGCUUGUAGUAGACUACCCCCCAAAUCAACAUACCCUGUGAUGAGAUACCCACCAACAAAACAAGACUGUUUUCUUCUAUAACAGGUUUUAUUUGCUUUCCGUAUCUGAAAUGAGUUGUAUCUGCUUUCUGCCAGCCAAAAGGUUUGCUUCAUUGGGCACUGGAAUAAUAGUACAUCCAAAGCAUGCUACUAUUAAUGACAGCAGGAUAACAAAAAUUGCAUUAAAUAAUGUUACAUAUUCGAAA